GCUCAGGCACAGGCUCAGGCACAGGCACGAGCACGGCACCCAAGGAGGCACCUGGCUAUCCACACUGACCAGCGACGCUCGGAUACCUAUCCCAAAUCGAUCCGUUUACAGCUCAAGUCCUCAGGCCGGCGAGAUCAAGAGCAAGAAAGAAGAAGGCCGUGAAGAAGAAAACUGCGAAGAAGGAGAAGAUCGCACAGAACAAGACAGAGAAGAAGACGGAGAAGAACAAGUGCGGUUGACGCUUGCAUUCCAUGGCGUCACGACCUUCAACUCCUGUCAUCAACUUCAACCUCAAUAGCUACGGGCGACCACCCUCGGUCCGGCUUUCUCCACCCCCUCCAUCCCCUCCCGCCGCCUCCGCCGCCUCCGCCGGCGAAGGUUCAAAGGCUUCAUUUCAGAUAGUGCCGCACACUCAGCAUGGGUGUGGCGAUCCUUGGGCUGGUGAAACCCCUCCCUCAACGCGGCCAAGCACCCCAAGGUCAAUAUGUGGCCGCGGUGGAUCCUGGAACGGCAGCAGCACCAGCAGCACCAGCAGCACUACCACCACCACUACCACCGCAACCACCACCACUGCUACCACACCACACGGACAGGGCGCAUUGGAUAAUGUCAACUUCCCCGACUUGGACCUGCUUCUUCUUCCCUCAUACCAUCGUCUACCCCCUCGACCUUCAGAGCUUACCGACAACUCCUCAACUAUCACCGCAACGAGCCCGCAUCGCAGCAGAGAUCCUUCCCCGAGCCGUCUAUCUAUCCUAGCGUCGCCGCUCGCCCGGAUCGCAGCACGUUCACUGUCAUCGCCCCUAGGCCUUCCAGGAGGUGCAGAGAAAUCGCCGUCGACAAUCACACCCACGACUCCAUCUCCCAGCCCGCGGCCCGGCGCCGCCGCAACGCUCCUUGCCAACAUGUUCAAGACACCCGACGGCUCAUCCGCCCCGUCAGUAAAAGGGGGGGGAUUCUUCGGCUUCAAGCUUCCGUCCACGGCGUCGCCCCGCAACUCGCGGACGAUCCAGAGCACCGACAUAAUCGAUGAGUUCGCCGGCCUCUCCUUCGCCUCACUGAUGACCGGCUUCCUGACGGAGCCAAACCCAAACGAAACUCCGAGCUCCCCCGCCGACGCGCUCAAACGCACCCCGGAACGCCGUCUGGAAGAGGCCGUCGCCACGGCAACCGACCUCCUCAACCGCGUCUACACUGCGUACCGCGCCCGCACCAUAUCCCUCGGCGACGCCCUGGGCGACCUGGAAAACAGCAAGGACGAUAUCAUCAGCCAUCAAACGCUGCACGCCAGUCUCAAAACGCAACUCGACAGCUUCAUCACCGAGGAGCGCGAGACAGCCGCACGGCUGGCGGAGCAGCAGAAGCGGAUAGCGGAGUUGGAAAGCGAGCUGCAACAGGAGCGCCGGAAGCGCGAAACGGCAGACGACGAGCUGCGGCUGUCGCCCCGUAGAAUGCGCUGUCCGAGUAGCAAACGCACCUCAGCCGCCUCCGACUCGGGCUUCGAGAGCGAUGUGGAUUCGAUUUCAAUCCUUUCCCGCAGCGAUGCCAGGGCGAGCACCGUCGUCUCCCCGACCGAAGAGGUCGACGAAGAACCCGACCACCCCCAACCCCACCCCCACCACGAAUGCGAGAGUUGUCGCCACCAAGCGGCGGCGGCGCAGGGCGCGGAAACUAAAAACCCCACCCCGCUACGAGAGGCGUGGAGUCCUGACAACAACACCAACACCAACAACACCAAUAACAACCGCAACAGCGUCCCCGCGUCGAAACCGGGCGUGUGGGGAUUCUUUAAGGGACGGCAGCAGCAACAGGGUAACUGGGGAGAUGUCGAGAACGUCCGCAUGGAGAAUCGGUGGUUGAGGGAGCGGGUGCGCGAGAUGGAGAAGGCAGUCGAUGGAGCGCUCGAGGCUGUGGCCGGCAGGGGCGUGGCGCUAUAGUCUGCUGCUGCUUGCUGCUUGCUGCUAGCUGCUGGUGUUGAUAUAGAGCUUGUAUGUAGAUGGGAUGAUAUCUUUUUUUUUUUUACUUUUCUUUGUUUGUUUGUGCAUGUCUGUCUGUCAUGUUGAGGGAUCUUGUUUUUUUUCUCUU